GGAGGGUGGUCGGUUUCAUUCAACAUCAAUGUUGCCGAAACUGGGGCUAGAGUCAAGAAGACAGAAUAUAGAAUGUCACUACAGGAAAAAGGAAAACCAAAAGAAAUAGAGGUAAAAUUAAUACAAAAAGAGUACACAUCAAUCGCGGAAGCUACAUGUAUCUUGCAUCUUUUUUAAGCUCUUCCCCUCUCACCUCCCCUUAGUAUAUAGUUCCAGGCUUGGUUGCAAAGAAAAAUAAGUUUGAACGUUUGGGCUGUGAUUCAUUGCAAGUCAACAACGUUAUGUCUUCGCGUCCAAGUUCGGCCGCUAAACGGCCUUCUUCAGCUGCUACAAAUGGUGGUCGAAAAUCUGCUGGCACCUUGCACAAAUCCACAGCUAUGGAAAAGCCGCCCUCCGGAAAAACGAAGAACAUCGCCCAAGGUCUUCUAAACAAGGAAGAAGAAUACAUGCGUCUUAAUGCAGAGCUGGAGGAAAGAACUGCAAGUCUGAUUAAAGAAGCUGAAGAAGUGAUGCAAGAUCAGGAAGAGCUUCUCGCAAGACCUGCAGCAUCUGAAGUGGAAUUAUCACAAGACUUAGAUGAUUUACUGCCAUCAAUGGAUAUUUCAACUGCCAAGCCAUCUUCAGGAACUGCCAAGCAGAGACCUGGAGGAGUUGGUGUGAAUGCAGCACACAGUAGACCUCUGAGUGCCUCAGCUAGCAAACAGGGAACAAGACCUGCUUCAAGAACAAAGAAGACAAGGCCUAAAUCUAAAACAGUGUCAGCCCCAGGAAGUGCAACACAUACUCCUGUUCUCACUGAUAGUCCCAUGGAGAUGCUCCAUGAUAGGAUCACUCUGGCAAAUACAAUCAGCACUCUGGAAGAUGAUGCCCAGGAUGACAUUUACACAACAACAACAAUUGAUGACAAUGUUUUACCUGUUGGUGCUGAGGAGAUGGGAGCAGAGGCUACAAUCCGUUUUCUUAAGGCAAAAUUGAGGGUUAUGCAAGAAGAACUGGAUAGAGUUGUAGCAGAAUGUAAUAAAAAGGAUGAAAAAACAACAUCAGUUGAAAAGAAAGUGAAGGAACUGACAGAUGAACAGGGCAGGUUACAAAAAACAAAUCAGGGACUACAGUCACAGAUUGACAAGUACAAGAAGUUGUAUGAUGAGUGCAAACACAAAAAUGAUGGAUUGGAACAACAGCUGGUCUCUUUGAGAAAGGAUCUAGACUCAAUCCAGAGAGAACAGAAACAAGCUUCUUCAAACAAAAAUGUCACUGAAGUCAGGUUAAAUCGGGCUCUUGAAGAAGCGGAAAAGUACAAGACCGCUUUACAGAAAGCCAAGAGUCAGUCGAAAGACUCUGGUGAACAGGAUAGAAAACGCAUUGACCAACUGUUGGCUGAAAAUAAGCGACUGGAGAAACAGAAAAACGAAUUGAUGGCGGGUUUUAAGAAACAAAUGAAGCUCAUCGAUGUCCUAAAACGACAAAAAAUGCAUAUUGAGGCAGCCAAGCUUCUUCAGUUUUCAGAGGAAGAAUUUGUCAAAGCACUAGACUGGGGAAACUAGAGAACCUGUGGAAAGGAAAUGAAAGAACGCAUGCUUCAAGUACAGGCAGCCCAAACGCACGUCGUGAGAGUUAGCUGCGUAAGACUACGGUUGAUCGAGAGUUGAAUUUUGCUUUGAACUGAGAAAGUCAAUAAAAUAACUUUACUUUCCUCACUUCUUGUCGCAUGUUGUAUUUUGCGGGUUUGUAGUGUUGUUUUAGGCGAGGAAAACCGCCCAAAAUACCACUACAAAGCCCGAGGCAUGGAAUUGCCUUCAGACAAUGAUAAACGUAGAGUUUCUGUUGAUCUCCUCAUUUUUAAGCUUAAUUUUACGGCACUCUUUAUAGGUAACAAUUCCGCUACAAACUCUUAUAAAAAAUAUUAAACACGCGUUCAACCGUAUUCUUACGUCAUUAACUCUGUUGACGUGCGUUUGGGUUGCCUGUGGUGUACCUCGGCAGCCUUAGUGUACAGUGAAAAUUUACCUAUAAGCUAUUUUAAAAUGUUCAACUUUGUAAAAUCAAUUAAGUUAUUUUCAAAAAUACGCUUCACAUCAAUAAAAUCCAUAUUAAGAGUUGUUACUUA